AUGAAACUUGCAUAUAUGGCGAUGUGUGGAAACCUUCAGGGCGCCUCUACCUUCAACCUUACAACAUUCUACACCGAUGAACAAUACCCCAUUCAUCUGAAGCAGAACAUCUCGGGUUCACGCCCCAGAUUCGUCAAAGUGCCGGAGGGCUGGCUAUGUAACCCGGAAGAAGUCAAGAGAUCUGUACGGCCACCGCCACAUGACUGCCCUGACUGUCAGAUAGGGUACUACUCUAAGAGCGAACAACAUGCGUACAGCCACUCCUACCACCACAGCAUCUCAGAUACCUCUGCAGCCAAUACAGCGUCGGCAUAUGUCAAAGAGGCUCAAGAGAGCAGGAAGCACAUCACCAACCGUCUCAGCUCCUAUGUCGAUCUCCUCAUGAGCCGCUGGCGGAAGCGAAGCCAGGAUCAACGUCGCGAGCUACUAAACAAGGCCGUGCCUGAGCUCGAGGAGCCCCAGUGGAUCAACUCCAGAUACGGAUACAGCGAGGAGAAGUUUCGAUUCGGUGAGCGGACUAUGCAGAGGCGACGUCACCUGUUGGUUCCUUGGCUCAAUGUCAAGGUGCUUAAGACGAGUCCGGCUGUCCUGUUCGCCCUCCUCCAUCAUCGGACUCUGUACCCGCCAGAGGAUUUCGCCCCGCUAGACUGUCGUCAGAUGAAGUUGUCUUGGGCCUCUGGAAAUUUUGAUGUCGUCUUCUCUGCCAAGUAUGUCGUCAUGUCCGGAUCCCGGUAUGGCGAUCUUGUCGUCUGGAACGCGCAACAGACGCAUACUGGAUGCACGUUGGGGUUUCCUCGCGCACGACUUGUACACGAAGCUCAAGCCUUCCUCAUGAAUGUCCUUUCCCGAAUCACUGAUGCGAUUCUCGAUAGCGCAGAUACUGCAAGCGCCAGUACGAGGACAGAUAAAUGGAGAACCCAGACCUCGACUGGUUUCCGACACACGGGCAUAGACGCGCAAGGCAGAGGCGAUUUUGACCACCUCACCGAUCUUCAGUGCGAUCCGGCAUAUCUUCGACGGUACAUCAAGGGUCUCUUCAGCAUCACAAUCUUUCGCGUGGCGGAUGAAGUGGAUGCGUCAAGGAUGGUCGCUCAAUACAUCUAUAUGGAGUAUCAAAGAUACUAUUCUUGGUACUGGAUCGAGGUCGAGUGCAAGCAUGCGCGAGAUCUACACGCCAUAUUCGCAGACAGCACGCAUCCCGGCCAGCCAAUCCGUCCCAAGUACAAUCUGGCCCUCGGUGCCUUGGAGCUUCUCCUCGUUAACCAACUUCUGGAGCGAACCAAGCGCUUCAAAUUCCUGAUACCCUGGGCUCCAGAACAAGCUCUACAUUACAGCCUAUCCAAGAAACCUGGUAUGCCCCUGGAAACGGUCGUUCGCGGCGUGUCACGACACUCGAACCUGGACACAGAGGAAGCUCUAGAGAACGGCCCGCUCGAUUGUUGUCUCCAUCAAAUGAUGAGAAAGCCUGACAACCAGAGGCAAUUUGACCACGCCAUGCUCUUUGCAAUGAUUGACGAUCAUCUGGCUCAGAACAACAGGAAGGAAGCAGCCCGUAUCGACGAGUUUCUCAUGCGCGAGCUGGCCGACAUAUCUGCCCUCCACGAGUCUCUGAUUUCUUUACGCCUCAAUCGACCUCGGAACACCUUCAGGGUCAUUUACGAUGUGUUUCGGACGAAGAAGCGCGAAGUCUGGAGAUAUGCGAAGGACAAGCCCAAGGACCACUCGAAACAAGAGUUCAAGGAGACAGGGAAGCCCUUGUGGACGGCUUCCACAAAGGAAAAGCUCCCAGCGAUCCUGCGAGGCUUUUUGGAGGGAUACUUCAAGGACUUGGGGAACUUGGUUUGGAAAGAUCUCCAAGGCACUGGCCUUGAAGUGGAAACCAUUGAAGAAACUCUGGGUGCUGUGCUUGUCCAGAACAAGCCUGAAUAUCUAGAAGCUAUUGCUCGAGAAGAAGAGGAGAUCAUAACUAAGAUUAUCGAGGUUGAGAAGUCUACCCCAGACACCUCCGAGACACAAGCGCAGCGUCACAGAACAAGCCAGCGCGAGAAAGUCAAGACCAGACCCGACAGCCUGCCCGAGAGCGUCCAGCUAGCCGACACUCCGGAAUCUAUCGACACCGCCAGGCUUUCGAUCAAGCCCGCCAAGAGAAUUCAGGUCGCUCCGCGCACUCUUGAUGUAGUUCAUCUCAUGUACCCCGAUGCGCAAAGCAAGCCCAGAAACAUCACAUGGGACGACUUCGUACACGCUCUAUGCGAUGCCGGUUUCGUGGCGAGCAACAACGGCGGAUCGGCGGUGCGGUUUGAGGUAGGAUCCGGAGGUGAUUUCGGCGAGAAGGGGGCGAUCAUCUUUCAUAAGCCGCACCCGGUCCUCAAGGUUGACCCCGCCAUGCUUCAUGGCAUGGGACGGCUUGCAGAGUGGUUUGGCUGGACUCGUGAUCGAUUCACUACUGAAUGCGCACAAGAGGAUUAAGGAGACUUGCGAGAGAAGAUUAGAUUGCUCCCAUGACAUAAUGAGGGAACGAAAUGGUGGACAAAACGUUUUGUUGUGAUGGUGAAGGUAAAUUGAGCAUGCAGGAUAGUAGGUGCUUCAGCCUAGUUUACAUACUUUCGAGGUAACUUGCUAGAGCAGUACUCACAGAACAGCUUUAUGGAUUGAUUUCGG